AUGUCUGAUGCAUUUUGCAGCGAUUGCAAGCGGCAGACUGAGGUGGUGUUCGACCACUCGGCGGGGGACGCGGUCUGUUCGGAGUGUGGCCUCGUUUUGGAAUCUCACUCCAUUGAUGAAACCUCUGAGUGGCGAACAUUCGCCAACGAGUCUGGCGAUAACGAUCCUGUUCGUGUCGGAGGUCCUAACAACCCUCUCCUCACCGACGGCGGUCUCUCCACCGUCAUUGCCAAGCCUAACGGUGCAUCAGGUGAUUUCCUUUCGUCCUCUCUUGGACGUUGGCAGAAUCGUGGCUCCAAUCCCGAUCGUGGCUUGAUCCUUGCUUUCAAAACAAUUGGCACCAUGUCUGAGAGGUUGGGACUGGUUGGAACCGUCAAGGACCGGGCUAAUGAAAUAUACAAGCGGGUUGAAGAUCAGAAAUCUAGUAGGGGAAGAAAUCAGGAUGCGUUGUUGGCUGCUUGCCUCUACAUUGCUUGUCGACAGGAAGAAAUACCGCGCACUGUAAAAGAAAUUUGCUCAAUUGCCAAUGGAGCCACCAAGAAGGAAAUUGGCCGAGCAAAAGAAUACAUUGUGAAGCAACUGGGUUUGGAAAAUGGUGGUCAAACUGUAGAAAUGGGAACAAUACAUGCUGGGGACUUCAUGAGGCGAUUUUGUUCCAAUCUUGGUAUGAAUAAUCAAGCUGUUAAAGCUGCCCAGGAAUCUGUUAAGAAAUCCGAAGAAUUUGAUAUAAGGAGAAGUCCCAUAUCAAUUGCUGCUGCAGUCAUAUACAUCAUUACUCAACUUUCAGAUGACAAAAAACCUCUCAAAGAUAUAUCACUUGCCACAGGAGUUGCAGAAGGAACCAUUCGGAACUCGUACAAGGAUCUUUAUCCUCAUGUUUCAAAGAUAAUACCAAAUUGGUAUGCGAAGGAGGAGGAUUUGAAGAACCUUUCUAGCCCUUGA